AUGUCGUCCACCAAGCAAGCUCUGCCUUCCAGCCCGGCCGACGGCCAUCCUGGAAACGACAUGGAUUCGCAGCCUUGGGUCACGACGCGUGGAAAGCGUCGUAACGGCGUGGCAAACUCGCAGCGCAGUGCAGAAAACACCUUCCGUGCGCAGUCGGCUUGUGUGUCCAAUCCAUUCUCCGUCCUCGCAAACCUUGACGACGAGGAGAACGAUGAGGAGGACGUUUCUGGCGGCGAGGGCACUGCGCCCGCUCCUCUUCCUAGCCGCUCCGCAAGUCCCACCUCUGUUGCCGCUCCGGCCGUCGCUGAAGACGUUUCAACUCUUACCUCAAAGCCAGAGCUCUCCAUCGAGGUUGUCCCGCACGUCGCUUUCCAGCCUGAAGCUGUUGCCGAAGACGAUGCCACCAGUACUUGGCAGCCACUGCCUGUUACCGAAGAGGAUCUCGCCACCGUGUGGCAGCCAGAGGCUUUUGCUGACGACGCUUCUACCGUUGCCUCACUCUCCGAGUCUUCUGUCAGCUCUGUACCUCCUCAGCAAGCUUCCUCCGAUGAGCUUCGCCCGCGCUACAAGAGCAAGAAGCUCCACAUGCGCGACCUCACUCCUUGUCGCAUCGUCUUCGUGUUGAACCCGGACGACGAGACAUCUUGGCGCGGUCACCCAGGCCUGAUCCUCGCAGUGGACGGUACCAAGGCCCACGUCAUCACCCUCACGACCUGGAAGAACAAGACGGCUGUGCAGAAGUGGGCCGGCUCCUCGAAUCCCGCCAAGUUCCGCGAAUGGUUCAUCCUGCUGGACGACGGCCGCACAGCCGGCCACGACGGCCUUCCCGUUAUGAUGUUGCGCCGCAACAAGACGAUGCCCAAGAUCUGCUACGUCGACUGCAAGCGCACCCACUGGCUCGACAUCUCCGAGUUGGAGAAGUUCAGGGCCCCGGGCGGAGACAUGGACUUCUUUGUCACCAAGGAGAGCAAUAGGGCACUGAAGAAGCACCUGGCGUACCUCAAGACGGUCGACACUCCGUGGGUCAAUGAAGAAGGCGUCGCGGAGCCAUGGGGAUGCGGCUAA